UGGCGGGAACCAAACACCGCUUUAAUUUUUAGCACCCAGAUCCAAACAGAUCGUUAGACUGGGCCUUGUAGUAUUGAUCAUAGUCCCCAGAUUAUCUACUCAAAUCAAGAAAAAAAAUGGAAAUCAUCAGGAACGAUUCACAGCCGGGAGACAUUCCUCCCUACCUUCCGUUCCGUUACAUCUGCACUAGUCAAAAUCACCAUUCAACCCUUCUCCAUCCGCAAUAUAACCACCCCGGCCGCCGCGCAGUCCAGUCCAGUAGCCACUCCGCUCAUCACAGUCGCGCGCCCACACAACGCCGUCUAACCAUCACCAAUGCCUCCUGCAAUUCGACUCCUUCCCCUCCUCAUCCUCGUCCUCUUCCACCUCCCCGUCUCCCUCUCCUCCCGCCACCAUCGCCAGCGUCCCCCGUCCCCGUCCCCGGCCCCGGCGUCCUCUGAUUCGGCGCCACUAGCGGCCCUCCUGGCCUGCAACGCCACCCGCUUCCAGCCGGCCUGCGUCUCCACGCUCUCCGGCGCCGCAUCCGAUGCCUCCACCGCCGACCUCCUCGCCGCGACGCUCUCCACGCUCCGCGCGCGCCUCCCGCCCGCCGUCACCACGGCCAAGUCCGUGCUGGCGUCCUCCUCCAACGUGAACCUCACCACCGCCGCCACCAACUGCCUCACGUUCCUCGCGCUGUCCUCGCACCGCCUCUCGCCGUCCCCGUCGCCGUCGCUGAUCUCGGCCUCCACGGCGAUGCUCCACCUCUACGACUGCUGGUCCGCGUACAAGUACGUCAACUUCUCCCGGACCAUCUCCGACGCCAUGGCCUACCUCGACGCCACCAUCACCGUGAACAGCAACUACAUCUCCAUGCUCGCCGCGCGGCAGCGGUACGGCGACGACACGUCCCUCUGGCGCCCCCCGCAGACGGAGCGCGACGGGUACUGGCCGCCCCCCGCCGCCGCGGCCUCGAAGGCGGCCGACGUGGAUGCGCUCGGCGUGCCCAAGGGCCUGCCGGCGAACGCGACCGUGUGCGGCGCCGGGUGCGACUACAAGACGGUGCGGGAGGCGGUGGCGGCCGCGCCGGACUACGGCGACGGCGCGUUCGUGGUGCACGUGAAGGAAGGGGUGUACAAGGAGACGGUGAGCGUGCCGUGGGAGAAGACGAACGUGGUUCUCGUCGGCGACGGCAUUGGGAAGACGGUGAUCACCGGCAAUCUCAACGCCGACACGUCCGGCGUGUCCACCUUCAACACUGCCACCGUAGGUGUGCUCGCGGACGGGUUCAUGGCGCGCGACCUGACGAUCGCCAACACGGCGGGUCCCGACGCGCACCAGGCGGUGGCGUUCCGGUCCACGGGUGACCGCACGGUGCUGGACGGCGUGGAGCUGCUGGGUCACCAGGACACGCUGUACGCGCACGCCAUGCGGCAGUUCUACACCCGGUGCCGCGUCGCGGGCACCGUCGACUUCGUCUUCGGCAACUCCGCGACGGUGCUCCACGACACGGCCCUGGUCGUCCUGCCCCGGCAGCUGCGGCCGGAGAAGGGCGAGAACGACGCCGUCACGGCGCAGGGUCGCACCGACCCGGCGCAGCCCACGGGGAUCGUCCUCAGCCGCUGCGCCGUCAACGGCAGCGACGAGUUCCUGGCGCUGUACCGCGAGAACCCCGGCGUGCACCACGUGUACCUGGGACGUCCCUGGAAGGAGUACUCCCGGACGGUGUACCUCGGGUGCACGCUCGCGGAGAUCGUGCAGCCGCAGGGGUGGAUGCCGUGGAACGGGGACUUCGCGCUCAAGACGCUCUACUACGGCGAGUACGACAGCGCCGGACCUGGCGCCGGCGCGGCGAGCCGGAGGGUGGCGUGGAGCAGCAAGGUGCCCAAGGAACACGUCGACGCCUACAGCGUCGCCAACUUCAUACAGGGGCACGAGUGGAUACCAAAAGUGUAGGUAGUACUGCCGUAUCGUGUAAUAACUGUAGUAGUAGAGAAUGUAGCAAUCGUGUCAAACAGUUGACACGGUGCUUCCUGACGUUGAACACGAAUAAAACCAGUCUGCCGCGAUAACGAUCGCCAUGAACAAGAACA